AUGAGGAUCGCUACGAGAGAAGUCGAAGAGACGAUGAUCGUGACCGCGAUCGCGGUCAUCGGAGGAGACACUCCAGAUCUCGGAGUCCUGAUCGACGCCACCGUGAUCACCGACGCUAUGAUGGCCGAAAAGACGACGACCACUCCUAUUCCAGGAGGGACAGAGACCGAGAUCGACGACGCUCACGAGAUCGAGACGACCGUCGUCGGAGCCGAGAUCGAGAUGGUCGCUCGAAGCGCGACGAUUCCCAGGAAGCGUGACGAAAGCUGGGAUCGCGAUCCGAAGAGAGAGUCAGGUAAUGUCUCAAAAGAGACAUCGAAACCAUCCACUCCCACUCCACAAACGGCUGAAGAGCAGAAAGCGGCACGUCUCGCGAAACUAGAACAAUGGAAGAAGAAACAAGCUGAAGAACAGGCUAGGAAGCAAAGGGAACUCGAGGCUGCCGGUGGGGCGAGAAGUAUACUGCAGGAGAUUGACCGGAAAGCAGGCAUCUUGCCCGCAGUCAGUUCUCCGCAGUCCCCUGCAGCCCCCAGUUCACCAUCGCCAGUUUCAACGCCGUACGCUGGCAAAUUCGACCCAAAGGCCAUCGUGAAGAAAGCCCAGCAUGCCUCAGCCGCCACCAAGGUCCUGGGGGGUGACAUCGCUCCGCCAGCCUUGACCAAUGGCCAUGCCAAAGCCUCGCAGCCUUCUCCAAAGCCUGCCGCAAAUGGUUUCCCUCCCAAAUCACUAAAAGCCACAGGCACAGUGGGCAAAUUUGGACUGGGGAGCAAAACGACCGCGGACAGCGAAGUAGCCAAGAAAGGUCUGGAUUUUACAGACGAUGAGGGCACUAAGAAGAAACUUGAGAAGCUGCCCAUAAACAUGGCCCUAGAACAAGAUACAAGUGUUGACGACGCUCAGCCAGAUGGUGCCGAUGAUGGUGACAACGAUGUCGAUAUGCAGGAAGAAGACGGAGAGGAAGAGGCCAUGGCCGCCGCUCGUGCAGCAGCGGAGCAGCGGAGUCAAGCAGAGCGGGGCGAAGACACAACCAUGGCCGACGUCUCUGCUCUCCUACCCACCACUGCCACAAACGAGGAAGAGGAAGAAGUGGACCCAUUGGAUGCGUUCAUGCAGGAUUUGCAGCCUGUUCCAACUGCCAACAAAGUCCUCACCCAGAAGACAAAUUCCAAGUCACGCCAACUGGAACCUGAGGCUCUUUUCGGCGAUGAUGAGGUUGACAUGACGGCAGUCGACAAUGAACAUCCCGAAAAUAUCCUCUCACUGGCCAGUGCCACGGCAAAGAAGAAGAAAAAGGACAUCCCGACCGUCAACCACGCCAAAAUGCAGUAUCGACCAUUUCGGCGCAACUUCUACUCAGAGCCCGUGGAAAUGGCUGAUUGGACAGAAGAAGAUGUGGCCAGCUUACGAAUGGAAUUGGACAACAUCAAAGUCCGAGGGAUUGAUGUUCCGAAGCCGGUCCAGAAAUGGGCGCAGUGUGGGCUGGGAGUUCAAGUUCUGGAGGUCAUUCAAAAACUGGGCUACGAAGCACCGACCAGCAUCCAGGCUCAAGCCAUUCCAGCGAUAAUGUCCGGUCGCGAUGUUAUCGGGGUGGCGAAAACAGGGUCAGGAAAGACCAUUGCUUUUCUUCUCCCCAUGUUCCGACAUAUCAAGGAUCAACCUCCCUUAGAGCCUCUGGACGGCCCCAUCGGCCUCAUCCUCAGCCCUACCAGAGAGCUUGCCACGCAGAUCCACAAAGAAUGCAAGCCUUUCCUCAAGGCUUUGGGUUUGAGAGCAGUAUGCGCCUACGGGGGUGCACCCAUCAAGGACCAAAUAGCCGACCUGAAGCGUGGGGCUGAAAUUGUGGUCUGUACUCCUGGGCGGAUGAUUGACCUUCUUGCAGCCAACAGUGGGCGGGUGACGAACCUCAAACGAGUCACGUACGUGGUGCUCGAUGAAGCCGACCGGAUGUUUGACAUGGGAUUCGAGCCUCAGGUCAUGAAGAUUCUCUCCAACAUCCGACCGGACCGCCAAACCGUCCUCUUCUCCGCAACUUUCCCCCGCCAGAUGGAAGCGCUGGCCAGGAAAACCCUGACUAAGCCUGUCGAGAUUGUGGUCGGUGGCCGCAGUGUCGUUGCACCAGAGAUCACUCAGAUUGUCGAAGUCCGCGAAGACAGCACCAAAUUUAUUCGGCUGCUGGAACUUCUAGGCAAGCUAUACGAAGACGAGAAGAAUGAGGACGAUCGGGUUCUCAUAUUUGUGGAUCGACAAGAGGCAGCUGAUGGCCUCCUCCGCGAUUUGAUGAAGAAAGGCUACCCUUGCAUGUCGAUACAUGGCGGAAAGGAUCAAAUUGACCGGGAUUCGACCAUCGACGACUUCAAGGCGGGAGUGGUGCCCAUCCUCAUUGCGACUUCGGUUGCUGCCCGUGGUCUAGACGUGAAACAGCUGAAGCUGGUGGUCAACUACGACGCCCCCAAUCACCUGGAAGACUACGUCCAUCGUGCUGGACGCACGGGCAGAGCCGGCAACACAGGGACUGCUGUGACCUUCCUUACCGAAGAACAAGACAGAUACGCUGUUGACAUUGCCAAAGCUCUGCGGCAGAGUGGGCAACCGGUCCCUGAAGCCGUGCAAAAGCUUGUCGACGCCUUUAUGGAGAAGGUCAAGGCCGGCAAAGAGAAGGCUGGUGCUUCUGGAUUUGGUGGCAAAGGUCUCGAACGGCUCGAUCAGGAGCGUGAUGCCGCCAAGGCUCGAGAACGCAAAACGUUCAAGACGGGUGAAGAAGGCGAGGAGCAAGAGGAGAAAGAAGAUGGCAAAGACGUCAAAGUGGGUGAUGAUCUGUUUGCCAAAGCCGCCUCGAGCGUCAAGGCGUUCGAAGGCGGAGCCAGUCUUGCCGGUGUGCCCAAGGGUAUCGACCUGGACGGCAAAAUCACCGUCCACAGGACCGAGCGGGAACCUGCCGGAGGAUCCAAACCGGGAGCUGGGGCGCAGAACCAAAUGGACAAGGUUGCGGCGGCAGUUGGCGCGAUCAACCAGAAACUCUCCAAAGCAGGCGUUAUGCGGUCCGGUGUGCCUAUCGACAAUAAGGGCCCUGAUGCUGGUGCAUUCCACGCAACGCUGGAGAUCAAUGACUUUCCUCAAAAAGCACGCUGGGCUGUCACGAACCGGACGAACGUGGCCAAGAUCCUCGAAGCGACGGGCACCUCUAUUACCACCAAGGGAUCUUUCUACCCUGCCGGCAAGGAGCCUGGGCCGGGCGAGAAUCCCAAGUUGUACAUUCUCGUGGAGGGAGACACCGAGGUUGUGGUGCACGACGCCAUGAGAGAGCUGAUGCGGUUGUUGAAGGAGGGCACCAUGAGUGCCGCUGACGCCGCGGAGAGGACUGGAGGAAGGUAUUCGGUGUUGUAG